AUGGCAUUUGCUGCUGAUCAAGCCUGCAAGGAAUGCCGGAGGCGGAAGGCCAAGUGCGAUCGGGCACUUCCGACAUGCAACCUAUGCGUCAAGUACCGCCGCCACUGCUUAUACGAGAAGCACGCCCGAACGCCACUGACCAGGAAACAUCUCACCGAAGUAGAGGAGAGAUUGGAACGUGCGGAGGCUCUCAUCACCCAUAUGCGGGCUCUCAUGCCGGCUCAUGCCAGACCGAUAUCUUCGAUGACUAGGCAAAGAAAGUCGGAUGCAUCUGCCCCAAAGGAUGAUUGUUCCUUUGACUUUUCAAGGCCCGCCUUGAUUGACUCGCCCUUCCAUGCGGACACCGUCCCUCCUGAGCCCGGCAUCGUUCCUCAUAUCGAGGAUGGAGGUGAGAGACAGCCACAGCUGCCUGAGACUCCCUUGGGUGUUCCACCAGGUCAUCUGUCGUCCUCAACUAGCCACUCGGACUCGAAUCUCGACCAUACACGAGCCUACAGAACCACUCGUCACCAUCGUCAACCAGUAAACGAUGCGACACACAGAGACAUUAACCUUCUCGAAGCGCACCCUACCGAUGACUUCGAAUGGGACGAGCAAGAUACUCUCACAAACUACUCGGCCUCACCCGAAUCAACACUUGAAUCCCCUCUUACUACACAACUGGACCUUAACAGGCACAUCACAGACGCCAUGGUCGACGCGUAUUUUCGGUUAUACCAUGUCAGCUACCCAAUCCUUCACGAAGCAACUUUCCGAGCACAGUAUGCGGGCGUGAUACCCAGGCCGUGUGGUGACUGCUGGCUAAUUCUGGCAUACACUGUCGCUGCCAUUGGCGUCUAUACCACGGCUACCAAUCUCGAUAACAUGGAUAUGCACUUAUUCGCCCAAGCCCGUUCCAUCCUGUCUUUUAACUUUCUGGAAGUAGGAAAUCUUACUCUUGUCCAGGCGCUCACACUUAUCUCCAACUAUCAGCAGAAGAGAGACAAGCCCAAUUCGGGAUACAACUAUCUCGGACUGGCCGUGCGGAUGGCGAUGGGCUUAGGUCUACACAAAGAGUUUCAGGGGUGGAAUAUCUCGCCACUGAACAUGGAGAUCAGGAGACGCGUGUGGUGGUCGCUCUGCGUCUUUGACGUCGGCGCAACCAUCACCUUUAGUCGCCCCUCGGUUUGGCCGUGUGAAGGCGUCGAAGUAUCCUUGCCUCUGAAUGUUGACGACAAGUCUUUGACUGCCAUCUCAAAGUCGUACCCUGCCGAGACACAAGAUAUCACCCCCUACACGGCCGUGCGAACGCAGGCAAGCUUUCACAUGGCCACGACACCCAUAUACACAAGGGUCAUCUCGAAGCCGCUGCCGACUGCAAACGAGAUGCUGAAGCUCGAUCAAGACCUUCUCGAGCCGUGGCGAACCGGCGUGCCAUCUUACUUCUCCGAGACUGCAACUGUGCCCCCGAAAUACGUCCUCGCCCAUGCCGUCAUGAACUGGAGGUGCAGAAACCUUCGGGUCAUCAUGUACCGGCCGUUCGUGAUCCGUCGAGCUCUCCAAGCCCGCGAUAGGAUAUUGGACGAUUCUCCCGACAACGUUCAGGCAUUUGAAAAGUGUCUCGCAGACGCGAAAGCUACCAUUGCCAGCAUCAGCGGGUUCUGGGAACGUAACGAGAAAAACAGACUGUCAGCGUGGUAUGCUUUAUACUUCCUUUUCCAAGCAGCCCUCAUCCCCUGCAUCUGUCUACGCAACGAUCCCAACUCGAGCAAUGCCGCAGACUGGCGAGAGCAAGUCACAACAACGAUCCGUUGCAUAAUCGCUUUGGCUCCCGUCAACUCCAGCUCCCCCCGUUGCUACCAAGUCAUCAUGGACCUUUGCGGGAGGUUCCUCAACGACGACGCUGCCGCCGCUCGUGUGCUGGUGGCACACCCUCAGAUACAAACCGCAGCGACGCCCGGCUAUGAGCCCAACACGGUCCCGAUUGGGACGCCUGAGCCGAUAGAUGAGAGCCCUCAGACGCAAAUCAACAGCGUCUUGUCGAUGAUGUGGCCCAAUGUUCCCCCGAUGGAGGCCGCCGACGUCGUCAUGGGUGACGAUGCCUGGAUGGAGUUUCUCAAAAGCGGUACAAGUGGUGACGGAGAUGGAGCAUGGUUCGGAAGUUGA